AUGACGAGCAGACUGAUGGAGGGGCAAGUGGACGACAGCGCUAGUACCUACCCAGCCCCCAACGUUACACUUGGUAGUGAGGGGGGUUACGCAGCUCUUAUACUACACCAUGGUGAUCGGAUUCGCCUGAUCGACUUCCCAGAAGAUGUGCAUGCUGUUGUCUGCGAAACGGUCAACAGCCACUGGCCUGGCGGCGUCCAGAGCAAGAAAACGAUGGGGAACCUGAAAAAUACCAGAGAAAUGAAGCUCAAAGGAUACCCGUGGGCAGGCGUGGUUCUUGGUUACGAGCCCAAUCAACAGCCGGCAACACCUACGAAGCUGGUGAACCGUCUGCUCGAGAACCUCUUCAACGUCGGUUGGGAAUUUAAAAUCAGGACCUCCCUCUCGAAGAUUAACCAAGACGAGGAAGUCCUAAUGUUCCGAUGCGGGGGUCCCUGGCAACGCUGCGAAUGGGCGGCUAUUGAUACGCACUUCGAAGACGGGCUGCUCCUAAUCAAUACACCAGCCCACUUGGCUCAGGCCAUAAGGGAGAUCCUCCACGUGCAGAAGGAGGCGCAUAACCCGCCCCCAGGGUAUUACGGGUUCAAGAUUCGUGGGUAUCCCUGGACUCACGGCAACAGAACGGGCGAGAAUGGAACGAGGCUUGCCCUGAGAAUACUCGAAGUGGCUGAGGAGCAAGGCUGGUUCUUGUAUGCCAGCGUCAAGCAGGGAGCCACGGAUGCGUGGCACUUCUGUCGGGUGAUACCAGAGGAUCCUCAGCCUCUAGUAGACAUCCCCGAACCGGAGAAUCCGUUUGAGGCGACCGCGGAGAACAUCAUUCAUGAAGAAGACGCAGUUAGUGACGCAAUCACACCUCACUCCUUGCUAAAUUGA